GCCGACGCCGACGAGCAGGCCAUCGGCAGCUCCGCAGAGGCCUCCGGCGCCGCUCCUGUCCCCGGCGGCGGCGCCGCGCCCGCCGCCGGCGGCGCCGAGCGCCAGGGCACGGGCGGCGCGGUGGAGGCCGGCGGUCCCGAGGACGACAGCUCCAGUCGCACCGUCGCCGAGGAGGCGAAUGCCACCGGGGCGGAGGGCGGCAAGGCCGAGGAGGCCGAGGAGACCAAGAGCACCAGCGUCGAGGUGGUCAACCGCACCGACGAGCCGGUGCAGGUGAAGGUCUUCGAGUUCGGGAAGAGCGGGCACGCGUCGCGCCUCUUCAGGAGCCCCAUGGCCGAGGGCACCAUCAGCCCAGGCAUGGGCCGCGUCUUCUCGCUGAAGGCGGACCCAGAUCCCGAGGAGACCAUAUUCGACGUGGAGAUCCGUAUCGGCAAAAAGAGGGCCAAGUGCGAGGAGGGGGCGUGGCGGGCA